UCUGAUUCUACACUCCCUCCUCUUGCUAUACUAUUUACCGAAAGUUCGUCAUCCCCAGACUUCGUUGUAUUCACUACCAUAUACCUACGCUCCCCUGCUCGCUUCUCUCAUUUCCCAACGUGUACCUUCCACCCUCUCCAUGUCAGAGAAGUCUACCUAUUCGCCCCGGAUCGAGUUCCUAUGCAUAUCAAUAGAUUACCUCUACUAACUCGGUCUCAGUCCGUUUUUGGUAUCACCACUCUCGAGAUAUCGGUUGACGACUGGCGCUUUCCCGUCACUCUCAUAGCUGUUUGCAUCCCUUUCUUCAUGGUCAUAUUUGUCCUCCAGACUCGCUGGGGCAUGAGAAUGGCCAAGAAGAUGGGGAACCGGAUUGAGAGAUAUACCAGUGGAUUAUUUGGUAGGCCGCCCUCAACAAACUCAUGGCAGACGACUGGUGACUAUGGUAGGUUGAGGGAACGUUCGUCCACAGCGAAUGGAAACGAAGAGUUGGGUGAGAGAAGAGGGGGUCGGAAAAGGCCUACUCUCAGGGACAAAAGAACAUAUUCUGGCUCUUCAUCAAGAUUCUCUACCGGGUCUGGAGCCAAAAGAGGAGGGUCCCAACAUGGCCUCCUCCCUCAGCAUCAGAUCCGUGAAGGUGGAUCAUGGAUGGUGAUGGAAAGGAUGAGAGGGUUUUUCGCCUCGAUGAUGAACACGAACCGCUGGAGUUGGCUUAUUUGGUGGAGGAAUAAGGGGAUAACAGAGGAUUUGGCUGCAGGUGAUGGAGCGAGUGUCGAGCAGGUGUAACUUUUGCGCUAAAGAUCCAAUACCUCGAUGGACAAUGGGUUGGGUGGUGUCAAAUACUUACAUAUCAGAUUUACGCUCAUUUCUUAGCCUCUGUCUCUUACUUUCUCAUCCUAGAUACAAUGCGAAUAGAAGUCAAUACCGGGAAGAAACAUAACACACAGAGCAACGAUUCAGACAGUCCAUCGUCUCACUAUGACCUUAAUUCGUUUCCUGUCAUUCCUUCCUAACUUCCAUACCUGCUUCCAAAGCCUAUCACAGAAUCCCAUGCCGCCCUUUUGAGCAAUACGCGCUGUUUAUGCCCAUCGAGGUACACCAACACAGCAAGAUCCACUGAACCCCCAACCGACUUCCCUUCCCUUCCCUUCCAUUUUACCAGAUCCCACCCUUCCUUCUUCCCUC